AAAAAGCGUAAAAAAGAAAAGGAUAAAUACGUCAUUACAAUUAAAACCCUAGUCUCUCAUUUCGGUGCUCCCUUUUAUAUUCAAUUUCAGUCGCUCUAUUUUACUUCCCUUCUACCUCGCGAUCUGAACGGAGACCUCUCUUCUGGUCACCUUCUAAGCUGCAAUCAUGGCUGAUGGACCGCAGUAUCCAUCAGUUGCUCAGAAGUUAGCUGGACAUUCUUAUCUGGUGUCCAGGCUUAGCCCUAACUAUAACUCCAGAAACUAUUCUACGUCUGGAACUUUCACCAAUGGUGGCCUGCAGACUCCGGGAUUGGCAUUUGCGUCACAUCUUUCAUCAAUUACUGUGCCUUCUCCAGCAGAGAAAGGAGCAACUGGGUUUAUGGUGGAUUUUCUGAUGGGAGGAGUGUCUGCUGCUGUGUCAAAGACAGCUGCUGCACCAAUUGAACGAGUCAAAUUACUUAUCCAAAAUCAGGAUGAAAUGCUCAAAAGUGGCAGGUUAUCUGAGCCAUAUAAGGGUAUUAGUGAUUGUUUUGCUCGAACCAUGAAGGAUGAAGGUGUUAUUGCUCUGUGGAGAGGCAAUACUGCCAAUGUUCUCAGAUACUUCCCUACUCAGGCUCUGAAUUUUGCUUUUAAGGAUUACUUCAAGAGGCUUUUCAAUUUUAAAAAAGACAGAGAUGGCUACUGGAAGUGGUUUGCUGGGAAUUUAGCAUCUGGUGGGGCUGCUGGGGCUUCCUCACUCUUAUUUGUCUAUUCUUUGGAUUAUGCCCGUACCCGUUUGGCAAAUGACUCAAAGGCUGCAAAGAAGGGUGGUGGGAGGCAGUUUGAUGGUUUGAUUGAUGUUUACAAGAAAACCCUCAAAUCUGAUGGCAUUGCUGGCCUUUAUCGUGGAUUCAACAUCUCGUGCGUUGGAAUUAUAGUGUAUCGUGGUCUUUACUUUGGAAUGUAUGAUUCUCUGAAACCAGUUGUUUUGGUUGGUGGGAUGCAGGAUAGUUUCUUUGCUAGUUUCCUUUUGGGAUGGGCAAUCACAAUUGGUGCUGGUUUGGCUUCUUAUCCCAUUGAUACUGUGCGUAGAAGGAUGAUGAUGACUUCUGGAGAAGCUGUAAAGUACAAGAGCUCAUUGCAUGCGUUCCAAACAAUCGUUGCAAAAGAGGGCACUAAGUCUCUUUUCAAAGGUGCUGGUGCAAACAUAUUACGUGCUGUUGCAGGCGCUGGUGUGCUUGCUAGUUAUGACAAGCUGCAGCUGAUUUUGUUUGGAAAGAAAUACGGUUCUGGCGGGGGCUAAAUGAUGACGAUAACUACCUGGAUACUUGUGUUUGUUCCCAUGUGAUUAGGAUAAUGUUGGAUCAACAAGUGCUAUUAAUGUUUUUCAGAAUUUAGUUCCUUUCUAUUUAAUGAUUAUAGUUUUUAGCACUUUUCUUGUUACAUGUCGUGAGCUUAUUAUAGUUCUUGCAGUUUGAGACCACCUUUUGUUUGGUUCAAUAAUUAAAACUCGUUUUGAUUGCUAAUGUUUGGUUGAAAUGCAAUUGGCUAAUAUAAGUUUUACUUGGUUCA